AGUGUCUCAGGCGCGUCAUCUGCUUGGCGCGAAUCCAGUCUUCAGCUUUUUGUCCAACUCGUCCACGUCGCUCCUGCAGCCAGCGCUGCUACUACCCGACAAGAUGGGCAAAGGAACCGACAAACUUUACAUCACCCACUCCGAAUGGUCCUCCGCCGACUCCUUCGGUAACGCGCGCGGCGCCAACGGCGCAAACCGAGCCUCCGCUGCUGGUCUCUCUUCAACCUUCAAGCGUCUCCCAUUCAACUACUGCGCCGUCUCACUACAACCUUUUACAGAUCCUGUUUGUACCGUCUCUGGUACGAUCUUCGACCUCACCCACAUUCUUACCUGGCUUGCAAAGCAUCCCGACACGAAUCCCGUCGAUGGCACACCGUUGAAGCGCGCAGACCUGAUCACCCUCAACUUUUCAAAAAACGAAGACGGCGAAUACAUUGAUCCAGUGACCUUCAAAGUUUUCACGGAUAACACUCACAUUGUUGCGCUCAAGAAGAGUGGGAAUGUGUUUGCAUGGGACACAGUCGACAGGCUGAACAUCAAGGCGAAGAACUGGCGAGACCUGGUCAGCGAUGAUGAGUUCACACGGAAGGACAUCAUCACACUACAGGAUCCCCAGAAUAUCGACUCGCGAAACUUCGGCGCAUACAAGCAUGUACAGGAGGGCGAGACCGUCAUGCCGGGCUCUGAGAGCGGCGUCAAUAAGGAAGCGCUAGGCAACGCUGCAAAGAUCUUGAAGGCAAAAGAAGCGGUUGCGAGAGCACGCGCUGAACGGCAGGCGAAGGCGCAUGGCGCCCAGCCCUCGAAGGCCAUUACGACGGUACCAAAAAAUGGCACAUCGACGCCCAUGGCGACAAUGGCACCGAAGAAGCCCGCCUACAACGCUGCUGUGUAUACAUCCGGAAAAGCUGCAGCUUCGUUCACGUCGACUGGUGUCACGCCACAUACCUCUGGCGAACGUGCUCUCCUCUCGGACGAAGACUACAUGCUAAAGCCAAAGCGCGUGAAGCAGAAGGGUUACGCGCGCAUGUCCACAUCCUUGGGCGACCUCAACAUCGAGCUGCUCCCCGAGCAUGCGCCCAAAGCCGUGUGGAAUUUCGUCAAGCUUGCACAGAAGGGUUACUACAAGAACACCAUCUUCCACCGCAAUAUCAAAGGCUUCAUGAUCCAAGGUGGCGAUCCCAGCGGCACUGGUCGAGGUGGACAGAGUGUGUGGGGCAAACCCUUUGAAGACGAAUUCGAGGGUCCAAACCUGCACAACGCGAGGGGCAUAUUGUCUAUGGCGAACAAAGGCAAGAACACGAACACAUCACAAUUUUUCAUAACAUAUCGCGCGGUACCACACCUCGAUCGCAAACAUACCAUUUUCGCACGUGUCGUUGGAGGGCUUGAUACGACUCUAAGGUCGAUGGAGCUCGCAGAAACAGGCGAGAAAGACAAGCCGGUGAACGAUAUCGAGAUUUAUGACGUUGUUGUCUUUGUUGAUCCUUUUGAGGAGUGGCAGAAGGAGCGCAAGGACAAGGAGACGAAGGAUGAAGAGGACGCUGAAAUCAAGAGGCAGGGCGGCACAGCAGAUGACAAGACAACAUGGACCGGUAAGCGGAUACGCGCCGAUGGCACUAUCGAUGGUGGUGAUGGCGACGGGUUAGGUGUAGGCAAAUAUCUCCAUGCGGCGAAGCAAGAGAUCAUUGACCAGGGUGGCGAUGACGAGGUUUUGGAGUACGUGGACGACGAAGAGGACCUUGCGCCGCCGCCAAAAAGGGCAAAAACAGGCGGUUUUGGCAACUUCGAUGCAUGGUAAGCUUGCGUGGAGCUUGACACGGCCAAUUUACAUAAAUGAUACCCCAAAUGAAGCAAUCACGAGCAUCGCAUGUGGCGGGGCGAUGCCUUUAUACGUCGAUCAAUCUGAAGUCAGCAAUCCACCUUCG